CGGCGAAACGUUGAGCGCAGAGCGAGCUGACAGUUCGCUGGUACCACUAGCAUAGUACCACCGCCGUGUAGCGCAUUGCCGUGCAAUAUGAUUUGUUCCGUGAUUUUGCCGGAAAUGACUUGCCCGAAUUUCUUUGAGGAACCUGAGUUAUAGUAGUUUUUGUGUGUGGGUGCGUGAUCGCUGAAUUUAGAAUUUGUGUGUAGCCCGGAAUUUCAUUCGUAUAUGGUACAAAUUCACCCUAAGUUCCUUCCGAAAUUAAAGUGCUGUGAUACACCUAGAACGAAUUGACCUGUGAUUAAAAACCUUUUACUCUUUUACUCAUUAAUAUAAGAAUAUGGUACUGUACAAACAAUGACGAACAACAAUCAAGAUACACUCGAGACCGUCUGCGUCGACAGCGGCAGGAACACUGAGCAGUUCGAGAAGCUGCUAGGCAGCAGGUGUCAGACGGCACCGACGCUCCCUGCCCUGCUUCCUGCUGCCCAGAUUGGACCCAAGCUGGACAGAAGGCGCAGGUCGGACAACAGUCUCCUUGGUUCGUUUUAUAGACUGAAGAGUUCCUUCGGGUCUGGGUCUAGGGAGGGAUCUCAAAUCAAUAGGAUCAGCAGAUUUCGUCAAUCUCGGUUCAACGCAAGAAGAAUAAGAAAGCGUGUGGUCUUCAAACACGGGGACUGCAACGUGGUCCAGGGAAAUGUGGCGAAGAGGCGUAGGAAGUACCUGCAGGACAUCUUCACGACGUUAGUGGACGCACAAUGGCGCUGGACGCUGUUGGUGUUCGCCAUGAACUUCUUUGUGUCCUGGCUGUUGUUCGCUGUGGUGUGGUGGAUGAUAGUUUUCACGCAUGGGGAUUUAAACGAGGAGAAUCUAAAUGGAAACUCAACUGAGCCUUGGCAGCCGUGCAUCUCAAACAUCCACGGCUUCACCUCCUGCUUCCUGUUCAGCGUGGAGACCCAGCACACCAUCGGGUACGGUGUCAGGACCACCACGGAGGAGUGCCCGGAGGCGAUCUUCGUCAUGUGCAUCCAGAGCAUAUGCGGGGUUAUGAUCCAGGCCUUCAUGGUGGGGGUAGUGUUCGCCAAACUUUCCAGGCCCAAGAAGAGGACGCAAACCCUCCUCUUCUCCAGACAUGCUGUGAUAAACCACAGGGACGGGGUGCCCUGUCUCAUGUUCAGGGUGGGGGACAUGAGGAAGAGCCACAUCAUUGAGGCGCACGUGAGGGCGCAGUUGAUCAGGCACAAGGUUACCAAAGAGGGCGAGCACCUUCCGUUUUUCCAAACUGAACUGAAGGUAAGGGAUAAAGUGGGUGGAGAUGGUGAGGAAGACAAAAUAUUCUUCAUAUGGCCAACCACUAUCGUGCACAAAAUUGACAGUAAGUCUCCAUUGUACAACAUGUCAGCCAACAAUCUUCUCAGGGAAAGGUUCGAGAUCGUCGUUAUGCUAGAGGGAGUCAUAGAAUCUACGGGUAUGACGACGCAAGCUCGGUCGAGCUAUUUACCGUCAGAAAUCCUGUGGGGUCACAGGUUCCAGUCACUCAUCACAUUCAAGAAGGACUCGGGGGAGUACGAAGUCGAUUAUGCUCUUUUCAACAACACCGUAGAAGUGGAUACGCCACUGUGCAGCGCCAGGGAGCUGGAUGAGCGCAAGGUCAUGUACGGCAACGACUGUUUGACAGAAAAACCAAAAUUAUUGACGACUGGUCAAGUCCGAUCGGGUAUAUUCCCUUCGAUCCGGUCCCAUUCCAGCGACACCCUGUGUAGCAUGGACUCGCUAUCGAUCGACGACGGUCACAUAGAGAUGAAAAUCCCCUCCAGCCCCAUUCCCGUGACUGUAACGGCGCCCGAUGAGACGGCGCCCCUGUGUAACGGCGCCUUGAAAAACGCCAAGCAAGCCGUCCCUGUGUAACUGUACAUUAUUUAAUCAUAAGUAGUCCAAUUGUACGAUAAGCUAUUUUAGGUAUUACGUUAAACGUGUAAGGUUUUCUUUCUGAGCCUUUGUCGGCGUAAGUGAUAGAAAUUUCGCCGAUGUGGCCCAUGGAUAAGAUGGACCAAAAUUUAAUCUAGUUUUCACUAUUUUACUAGUUUUAUUUUUUUUGACAGAUCAAAUAAAUUCAGGAUUAAAAUAUACAGUUCAAAAAAAUCAUGUUUAGGUACAGUGAAGUAGGUGAAGGGAAGAGAUGUUUUCUAACUUAAAAAAAAUAACAACAAUAAUAAAUACAAGUAAAAAAAUAUUUUCUCGCGGAAAUAUGCAAGGAAUUAUGAGUAAAACAUUUUGGAAGCGAUUCGAUACAAAAAUAAGAGUAUAAGUUAGUAACAGAGUAACAGUAUAUUCCGAUGUAAUUUUUCGUUGAAGAAUUUUUUUCAAAUUUUGGACACUAAUUUCGUAGCUCUAAAUUAUAAUUUCAUUUGAAAUUUUGCAAAAAGUUUAAACAUUUUAAUAUUAAAAGUUAUCAAAAAGCCUUGCAAAAACAUUUUUCUGUUCCAAAUCGAUAGUAUUAAGCGUUACCGAUAAAAAAAUGCAUUCGAUGUUUUGAUGCACCCCUAGAUGGCAUCAUUUGAACAUUUUGUUUUACACAAAUGUGAGCAUUAAAAUCUUUCAAAUAUAUUUUAAUUAUAUUGAAUAAUUUGUAAAAUUAUUGUAAUUUACAGUGAUACGGAACGGAAAUGCGUUUUAUUUUCUCAAAAACAGUUGAUAUGGCUGGUUUGGAAUUAGAUAUUCAUUUUGUAAAUUUUUUAACUUUGAUAUUGAGUUACCUAUCUAUUUAUUCUUUUUAAAUAAUGCAAAUAUAGCUUGGCCAAAUACAUCUCGUCCGCGAGUUUCAAAUAUGCAGGGUUAAUUUGCUCAUAUAUUUAAAUAUACAGGGUGUUAAAUCCGGGAGAUGGUAAUACCCAUAAAAAUGGAGAAAAGUUGUUACUAGCAUGGAUCAACAAAUGUAUAGUAAGAGAGUUAGAGACCUUAAAAAGGUAAACUUAUAAAAUAUUUUUUGUUAAUAGUGAGUUUAAAUGAGAAAGUAUAUGACGAAAAUUUUGUAUAAA